CUGCCGCACGCCGGAGCCGCCGCCACUUCUGAGAGUGGUGGGGCCACGGCAACUGCUCCGCUCAUCCUACCCCACCGCUGAACCUAAUCCAGCGCAGUGCGGACUAACGAGGAAAGGGAGUCACAUGGCGGCCACGGCGGCCGAGAAGCCGCAGGAGCCCCGACGGGACGCCGACGGCGAGCCGAGGUGUGUGUGUUCCCUGCUUCCUCCCCAUAUUUUCCCUCUCUCUUACCAAAUCUCCAGUUCUCACUCUCCGCCUCGCUCCCCACCCAGCGGCGCGCCCGCCGCCGGGCUCGACCCCGGCCCCGGGUCUCGUGACGGCGCGCUGACCCCCGAACCAACGGAUAUGCCGGCGCCGGUGGUGGCGGUGGCGGUGGCGGAGUCCUCGUCGGCGAGAAAGCUGGGGCGGCUCUUCAGGCUCACCGAAGUGCACCUCUGGGAUGAUUUUUAUGUGAAGCCUCACGAUUGGCGUGCCACAGAGACAACUGGUUUCACGGGAUCUCAAACAGCUAAAACCCGCAACAAAGCAGCCAAACAGACAGAUGAAGACCAUUCAUUUGUUGAAGAUAUGGAAUUGGCUAGUCUCAUGGGUUCUUUAGGGCUUCCUGUUUCAUUCAGCACAAGGAAAGAGAAAAAGAAGACACCUGCUAAGGGUAAGCAUCAAGGACGACAAGCACCAUAUGAAGCGGCAACUCCAAUGGAUGACAAUGUAAGGACAUGCACAAAUUCUGAAGAACUGGAGCACGUUCAGGAGUCGAUGGAUUGCAUGGAGCAAACAAACUCAUGCGUUUCAUCUAGGGCUGCUGCGGGUUACAGUGAAGUCUACCAUGGUGAUGUUGACAAGACGCUUGGUGAAGACAGUGUUAAUCAGUGUGAACAAAAUGAUAACAUGAGCAGUCCAGUAAAAUCAGGCUCUCCUGUUCAAGAAAAUCAAGCUGCGGACAGUUUUAUGCAGUUGAACAAAGUGAUGCUGGGGCAAAAUUCUGUUGAUAAUGAAUCUAUAAUGUCCUCUGCUGAACUUUGUCAUGAAGAAAAAUCGUCUGAAAGAGAAGAUAAAAUAUCUGGGGAGACUCCACCCAUGUCUCAUGAUAAUAAUGAUCCAUGUCUAGCAGAACCGUCUCCUGUUAAUAAUCAUGUUGAAAAGUCUGGCUCUGAUUUUUACUAUGAAUGCGGAGAUUGGCAGGUUCUUUGGGAUCAGUUCUAUAGUCGGUAUUACUAUUACAACAUCCAGACACAGGAAUCUACAUGGGAUCCCCCUCAAGGAUUGGAGGAUUUUGUAUCGUAUUGUAGCACAUAUUCAUCUCAAGGGAUAGAUCUACAAUAUGGAGCUAACGCGAGCCCACGUGACAAUGGAGAAACAACAUUUGAUCAGGCUGGUGACGGCAGCCAUCUAGAUGAGCAGAGGCAUGAUCUUUACAAUGAAGCACAAAGUUUAUCAGACGAUAAAGAGUCGAUAUAUCCAAGUGUGAUAGCUACCAUCGAUGAAGCACAAGAUGGUGAAAAUAGGCAGAAUGAUAGCUCAGUGGCUGAAGCGUUAGAAGUGAACCAGGAAGCUACCACCACUAAAAAGAAAAAGAGAGUAAGGAGAUCUCAAUCGUCUCAUUCAUGUCAGGACUUGGCAGAAAACAUUUCCAAUGACAUCGCCAAGUAUUGGAAUCAGCGGUACUCGCUUUUCUCCCUUUUUGACAGUGGUAUAAAGAUGGAUGAAGAGGGGUGGUUUUCAGUAACGCCAGAGCCCAUUGCAAAGCAUCAUGCAUCUCGUGUUGGUGCGGGCAUAUUGAUUGACUGUUUCACAGGAGUGGGUGGAAAUACCAUCCAGUUUGCCGCAAAGUGUAAUCAUGUUGUUGCUGUUGACAUUGACCCACAGAAGAUUGAUUUUGCACAGCAUAAUGCAACUGUUUAUGGAGUAAAUGAUCAUAUAGACUUCAUUAUAGGAGAUUUUAUCCGUAUAGCACCUCAUCUGAAGGGAGAAACCGUCUUCAUGUCACCUCCAUGGGGUGGACCGGACUAUGCAAAAGUAGAUGUGUAUGACAUCAAAACCAUGCUUAAGCCUUGUGAUGGGUACCAUCUCUUCAAAGUUGCCACGGCGAUCGCUUCGAGAGUAGUCAUGUUCCUUCCUCGCAACAGUGACCUAGACCAAUUGGCGGACAUGUGCUUGUUGGUCGACCCUCCAUGGGCGGUUGAGGUGGAGAAGAAUUACCUCAACGGGAAGCUGAAAGCCAUAACGGCGUAUUUUGAGGAACAGAACAGCGUAGAUGAUAACUGCAUUUUUCGUGGACAACGCCGAUGACACUCCAUGCAUCCGAAAUCCAAGUAUUCUGCUCAAUGGUCUUGGGUACCCUUGGGCAGCAGAGCGUGCCACUGGAGUCAACAGAUGAGUGGUCGAUUCGCCACGAAGCUUGCUAUCGUGGGUCUUAAUGCCUCUGCUGUGCCGAGCUUUGGAUGACGACGAUACGGUUAUGCUGAAGAAGUCUCUGCUGACUUGGCUCAUUUGUGCUGAGUGCGUGUACAUUAUCUGGAUCGUGUAGUUACUUGUAUGUGGUUUAGUUUGUGCCGGUGCAAAAUUGGGUAGCCCUGAAUCACGGGUAGUAUUUUCCACCGCUUA